AUGGUUCUGAAAUUGUGUAAUGAACUGACACGUGUCGGCAUUCUUACAGAAUGUGGACCACUAAAUAUAAUGAUAAAUGGCCGAACAAUCAAAACAAAGAAGUCUUCAGCUGUCUGUUUUUCAGAUUUAAUUAAAGAAAAAUGCAUUAUUAAUAAAAUAAUGAUUUCAUAUGAAACAAAUCUAAUUUUAAGAUGUGAAGAUUCAAUUGACAUAGUUUCAAAGUUUUUAGAAACAGGAAAACUCGAAUUUCAAGAAGAUGAAGAUCAUUUUCAUGAUAUAUUUGAAAUCGGAAAGCAUUUCAAAAAUCAAAUAUUGAUACAAGUUUAUAGCGAUUAUGUUAAAUUAGAUAAAUCUAUUACAUUAGAAAACGUUUUUAAGAAAUAUGAAAUUUCAGUUUUAGAAAAUGAUAAAGCAACAGAAAACGAAUGCAUAGAAUUCAUCUCAUCCCAUUUAUAUUGUUUAGAUUGCAAUGAUAUCAUUGAAUAUUUUGCUAAAAACGAUUAUGAAUUUUGUGAAAGAAUAUUGAAAUCGAAACAAUUAAAGAUCGAAAACGAAGAUAAGUUAUCUUUAUUACUUUUAGAAAUCUGCAAGAGAAACAAUUCAUUAUUUGAUUUGUUUAGAUAUAUCAAAUUAUCAUUUUGUUCACGUGAUAUAUAUGACGAAAUAUAUAACUUUUCUAUUGAACAUUCAUUUGAAUCAGUUCUUCUUGCGAUAUAUAACGAAACAUUAAAGAAUUAUCAUUCAAAUAUAAGAGAAAAGAUUGAAAUCUCAAAUCAACCUAUUUCAUCAUUCGAAAAACAUUUAAUUAAAAAUAUAUUUGCAAUAUCAAAUCAAUAUAAUGCAUCGUUUGAAAAGCCUUUAAUUAAAAAUAAAAUUUCGAUGUCAACUAAUUCAAUUUGGAAUUAUUAA